UUUAAUUCAAGUGUAAUCGUCACAAACGCACCACCUCGCGGCCUCGCGCCUGUCUUUAAACUAAUCAGUCAAGCCUUUGUGCGCGAUCUUUGUGUCUCCAAUAUGUGCUGGAAAAGUUGAAAUAAACGCACGCUUACUGUGAAGCUGACCGGACAAACGGUAGCGCAACAUAAGUGAAGUCAAGUUGCAGAUUGCAAUUGCAAGAAAAACUGUUUAAGAAGUCAAACGUGCUGUGUAUUAAAAUGGUGAAGACAGUGUCCCACGUGACCAUCGUGUUACUCACAUGUGCCAUCGGCGUUCAAACACAGAUUCGAUUUGUUGAUCAUUUUGCCAAUUGCCGUCGAUCAGAUCCCCGUUUUGAUAACUGCCUGAAAGAUGCGAUAAACUCGGUGCGUCCAUAUUUCAAAACCGGAUUACCUCAAUAUGGCGUCCGACCUUUCGACCCCUUCCACGCUGAGGAAGUGGUACAAGUCAGAGGUGGGCCUACAUUCAGUUAUCGUCUGGUUCUGCGAAAUGUUACGGAAGCUGGAUGGACUGCGUCGGAAAUCACUAGAUUAAGAACCAAUUUCAAUAAAAACGAAAUGCAAUUCACGCAAUUCUUCCCGGAAAAGCGAUUAAAUGGCGAAUAUGAAUUCGAAGCAAGUAUUUUCGGAAGGAGGAUCAAUAACAGUGGAUCAUGGGAUUUGCUUCUGAACGACUAUACGCAAACAAUGAAAGUUACUCGAAAUCCAAGAAUGACUCAAUUUGGAAAUAUGGUUUAUGAUACUCCAAUGAAAGUCGACGUUAAUGUGCAAUUCUGUCGACAUUUAGAAAUGCAUGUAUCAAACUUAUUAGGAGGACGGCCAUUACUAGAAAAUAUAGCUGACAGAAUGAUAAAUUCUGCAUGGCCGCCAGGAUUUAUGCUCCUAAGACCCAUAAUUGGUGAUUUAGUUGGAACAGCAUUCACUAAAAUCUUUAAUGAUAACUUGAUGAACUUUCCAUUUGACCGAUUGGUCCAAUAGCAAAAGGUACUACUAAGUCAUUUUAUGUUUAUAAAGAACACGCCAAUAAAUAUUGAUUUUUAAAUUUUUGAAUUAAGAAUAUAUAUUUGUUUGUUAAUGCUAGGCAAAUAAUAAAUUACUAAUCCUACGUUAA